GGGCGGGCGGGCGCGCGCUCACUCACUACAGCGCAAGAUGGCGGACGUACUGGACCUUCAUGAGGCAGGAGCCGAGGAUUUCGCUAUGGACGACGAGGGCGACGAAAGUAUCCACAAGCUGAAGGAAAAGGCAAAGAAGCGGAAGGGCAGAGGCUUUGGUUCUGCAGACGAAGGGGCCAGGUCCCGAGUGCGUGAAGACUAUGACUCCGUUGAGCAGGACGGUGAUGAACCAGGACCUCAGAGAUCCGUGGAGGGUUGGAUCCUGUUUGUGACGGGCGUCCAUGAAGAAGCCACCGAGGAGGAUGUACACGAUCGAUUUGCUGAAUUUGGGGAAAUCAAGAACAUCAACUUGAACUUGGACCGACGCACUGGCUAUCUCAAGGGUUACGCGUUGGUAGAAUAUGAGACGUACAAGGAGGCACAGGCGGCCAUGGAGGGCCUGAACGGCACGGAACUUGCCGGCCAGCAAAUCAGCGUAGACUGGGGCUUCGUCCGAGGGCCUCCCAAGAGCAAGAGAAGCAGCCGGUUGGGCCACAGGAGAAGCCGGAGUCCUGACAGAAAGCGUCACUAGAAGCGACCAGACCAGGAGCUGCGACCGUCGAUCCUGACCAACACCGACGACAAAAUAGUUCCCGCAACGGCGAGUUUGGCGCCACGUUUGCGAUUUCACGGGAAUCUUUUUUUGUUUCUUCUUAUUUUUAUCGACGUGUGUUUGCCGUGGUGUUCAGCGGAAUGUGCGUCGGGCGAAACCACCGGAGAUUUUGUACCAAAAAACGGUGGUUUUUGUACAUGAUUUUGGAGUGUGUUGUGUGUUUUUUUUUAAAGGUCUCGCGGAGGAAUAAACAUGUGAAUGAACUGA